AGGCUUUCAAGUUUCAACGCUACUGUGACAUUACGGACCUCACCUUAUCUGCAACCCCCCUCCACGCCCUCUAGUGGCCCGGAAUAUCGCGGCAAGAAAAAUGAACUACGGACAGUGAGCAGGCAAAGCCGCAAAACCCACGUUUUUUUUCCUUUCCCAUGCUCAGCGCCCAUCUGGGCUCCGUCUCGUCUCGUCUCGUCUCAGCCCUUCCUCCCACAUACUGCGUGAGGUACAUUUCCUUUCAGCUUAUCUUGCUAUGUAAAGUAGGUACUGUGCUCGUCGGCAUGUAGACGCACAGAUCGUGCUCUAGUGCGCUUUUUGGGACGGCCGCCGCCGCCGCAGAAAGUACGCUGCUGCUGAUUCUGCUGCUGCAGCACCACGCCGCACUCCUACGUACCAAGGCCCAUGUACUUUCUCCUCCUUCUCUUGAACACCCCUCCCACCCCUCCUCUCACCUCAUUUGGGCUGUAAAUGUAUCAUGGCCAGCCUGAGGUGAGAAAUAGGUGCCAACAGUAAGUAGGUAGGCAACCCCCAAAUCAGAAGUGAGUACGGAGUACCUAGUGCCCAGCUUCUGUUGCCUUGCCUUGCCCUGCCCACCUUGGAUAGUAGCUCGUCUUCAGGGUCCUCCCAUACGAACCUAAUUCCUCUUUUCCCCUUCCAACGUCUCCUCUCGUGCACUUCCUUUUAACCUUGCCCCAUCCCCCUUCCCUUUUUCCUAGUUUUCACUUUUGGGGAUUCUCUCUCCCUUUGUUCAUUUCCCCGGCUUACAUCUUUCCUCUACCUUACCUUGGUAAAGCCUCCCAGUCCUCAUCCUUUUUCUUUUUUAACACCACCAAGGCAUCUGUUUCCCCGCAAACCCAUCCGUAAAUCAGACGCAAGGGGAAAUACAACAUCAGAGAAAGAGAGAUAACAAGAGACGACUCCCCUGUCAGCCCACGACUACCGAAAGCUUAAACUUUUCCAACGACUCUUGGACUUUUCAAGAGGACCCAGAAAAAGAGAGGCAAAGAAAAAAGACAGCCAUCGGACCCCGCCGGUUGUGACCAAGGAAACUUCCAACGACACCCGAACCCCCGAGCAGCGUAUACUCCGUAUGAAAAGAUCAAACCGAAGCCGGCUGCAGGAACACCUUUAGUUGCCCCCGUCCCCCUCCGAUAUCAUCCCCGGUGCGCGCGCAAACUUUCAACCAACCAUCCGUGCACCGGCACAUCGAACCUGCUAUUUCUUCCUCUUGAUUUUCCCUUUUCUUCGUCAGGAUAACUUUGGCGCGCGGGAAAGCAUUCUUGUGGCUCUCCAACUGCCAUCAGAAGGUUGCGCCUCACAAUGAAUGCCCAGGUCUCGUUUCUCGAUGGCCACUACACCCUAAUCCAUAUCCCCCUCGACCUGUACUCAGUACUCCUGCAGCCCAUUCUCCGCGUCCUUCUCCCGCAGACCCAGACCCUCAAGGCGUCAAAAGGAGAGCCGGAACAUGAACUAGAAGGUCUCAACGCCGAGAGCCAACAUGGCUUCCUCAACAUUAGCGUCACCCCCAUGGAGUGCUCCAUCGUCUGCCACAGCUCCUGGGCCAAGAACGUUUUUGAGCCGGCCAUCCAGGAUCUCCCAAAAGACCUGGCCAAAUCCGUGUCAAUAUCCAAAGACACUUACCUCGUGCUCUCCGUCAUCAGCGCCGGCAUGGAUGCCGCCGGCCGCGUCAUGGAACUGACCUCUCCCCUCGCUCUCGCCGGGAUUCCCAUCUUCUUCAUCACUACCUACUACUCCGACUUCAUCCUCGUCCCCAGCAAGGACAGGCAGACGGUUGUAAAGGCCCUUCUCGCCCGCGGCUUCGAACUCGCCGACAACGACUCCAACUUUGUCAGCCCCGCCGCCUCGAUACACUCCCGCGGACCGAGCCAGACCAACGGCAGCAACGGCGCCGGCGCCCCGCCGCUGACCCCGCCACCCUCUACCAUCGCCGAGCUGCAGGUCCGCACCUUUGACCUGCUCAAGAAGCGCAGCGUCGCCCCCUACGUCGAGGACAACCUCCUCUUGGUCCAGUGCUCCGGCCGCGAGACCUCGCAGCUCGGCGGCGAGCUCUCCCACACCCAGCGGCCCUCGCUCAGCCGCCAGGUGACCGGCAACAGCCACCGACAAACCUGGCUCGACAACAUCGACGCGAAGCUCUACACGGCCAUGAUCUCCGCCCUGGCCGCGCGCCCGCGCUUUCUCUCCAUCACCCUCGCCCAGGAGGACCCGCCUUCCUUGCUGCUCGACAAGUCGCUGCUCGGCCUCUUUGGCGACUCCCUCGUCGGCGACACCAAGACCAACCUAACGCCCAUCUUCUUGGACCUCGAGAGCCUGCCGUUCGAGGCUACGGGUAUCGUAUGCGGCGUGGCGGGGACCCUGGUGCAGGAUAUGCGCACGGGAGACAGCGCGGGGCUGUCGUACCUCUCCACCGCCCGGGCCGGGGCCGUCAUUCUCGAUUGCGAGCAGUCGAUACUCGCGCUCGAGAUCCUCAAGCCCAAGCUCUUCAAGGCCUGAUUUGACGUUUGAUCGUGCGUUACAGGAGGAGGAGGCAACUGCAUUGCGGGGAUAUCUGGCCAGAUGGGGAAGUCUUUUUGAAGGAAAGAAUUCGAGGGACCAUUACGAGUUUUCCACACAUUUCGAAAUCUAACGAAGUUGCAUGAAGGGAACGAUUGUACUAGCAUGGAACUGGUAUAGGCGGGUUGGCAAUCUGUCGUUUUUGUGAAAAUUUUCGCGCGCGCAAAUUUGGUUUGGCAUAUUGGCGUUUUACGGAGGGCGGCUCUCUGUUGUUCGAUACCAAUUUUUGUAUGUCUUGUCUUGCGAGAGAACGGGACCAGUUUCGGUCCCAAAACUCA